UUUUACCGGAUUGACUCGAGAUCGUGAUAAAAUGAGAUAUUUUCCGGACGAAUCAAAAUAAUCAGUGUUUUUUUUCUUUAUCGGGGGUGAUUAAUCAAGAUUUUGUUACAAGGUUUUCAACAAGAAAAAAGGAACAAAAAGUUCAAUAAUAAAACAAUCUAAUUAAAAGCUUUCUAAGUAAAGCUUUAGUUUAAAAUCAUAACUUUAUAAGGAAAUAAAAAUGAGUAAGAAUUUUACAACAAAAGCUUUAAGAUGCCUCUCAGAAAGUUCAACAGAAACGAAUUUAGAGGAAGAAUGGUUAAAAAUAGCCGCCGAAGAAUUAGGUGAAAAUCCAGAAAAACGUAAACAGGAAAUAGCCGCAGUAAAAUUAAUGAUAAUGAAUGAUCCAAACAUUUCCAUUCCAAACGAAGAUAACUUCCUUUUAAGAUUCCUACGCGCUAGAAAAUUUGAUAGCAAAAAAGCAUUCCAAAUGAUCCAAAGGUACUAUUUAAUGAAACUAAAAUGUCCCGAAUUAUUUCGAUGUCCUCUUCCGUCCGAAUGCGAAAACGUAUUCGACCUUCAAGCGCAAUUUAUGUUACCGAAUCGUGAUCAACUCGGCCGAAGAAUUUACAUAAUACGAGUGGACAAUUUCGAUGCAUCAAAAGCAUCCAUCGACGAAAUUUUCCGCGCCAAUGUUUUAGCAUUGGAACAAGUCGUCAAAGAGGAACAGACACAAAUUUGCGGUAUCGUUGUCGUAUUGGAUAUGGCCGGAUUAAGUUUGAAUCACGCCAAAUUUUUUACACCGUAUUAUGCAAAAAAAACCGUUGAAUUAGUUCAAGAAACAUUUCCAUUACGAUUUAAAGGAUUUCACAUUGUUAAUGAACCGUUUUAUUUCGACGCUGUCAUGGCUGUGAUUAAACCGUUUUUAAAAGAAAAAAUGAAAAAAAGGAUAUAUUUACAUGGAAAUGAUGUUUCUUCACUUCAUGGGUUUAUGAAACCUGAAAUACUUCCUUUGGAAUACGGGGGACUUCAAGGACCUUUCGACAAUAAACCUUGGUAUUUAGAAUUAUUAUCCGACGAGGAACAUUACAAGAAUUUGGAUCAGUUCGGGUAUCGCUUCGAGGGUGAGGAUUGAUAAUUUCCGUUUAACUAGAAGAAAAAAAUUAAAAAAAUAAAAUAAAUAACUCAGAUGCUUUAAUACAAAAACUGCUGAAAUUAAAAAAAAAAAUACAACACGAAAUGUGAUAGAAAAACAUUUUUUGAGCAAAUAUUUAUAUUUAUUGAGAGAAAAUAGUAAUACUUAAGCUCGAUUUCAUAAAUUUUGUUUUAAAAGUUCAAUGAUUUCAAAAUCUUAUCAAAAUCAAAUUUGAGCUGUGACAUCAAACAAAAAAAUAAUAAUAAAACGGAACCAUUAUUAUGAAAUCGAGUCUACAAAAAAAUAUUUAUGGUUAAAAAUAGAAUAAAAGUCUAUAAAA